AUGGAGCCUUCGGCUGAAAAGACCCAGCAACAUCAAGUUGCAUGCUUCAGCUGCCGUUCAUCCAGACAAAAAUGCGACCGGCAAGACCCUUGUUCUCGCUGCUCUUCUCAUGACCGUGUUUGUAGAUAUCCGGCUCGAUCUAACCGGGGUCGCAAGCAAGGCAGUACCAAUAAGCCCGAUAGUGUGGACAAACUCCUCGCGCGCAUCGAAGAAAGCGGUGCCAGGGAGGACAUCAUUGCUGCUCUACUAGGCACCAGUCUUCCCAGUCCAAACACAACUGCCUCUCUACGAGGAACUCCGGGGACACUAGACCAGCCUGCUGACUCAAUAUCCAACCAAAGUCGUGCAAAUAUCUCUUCUCACCCCCUCCCCUUACGAGAACCAACCUGUCGUGAUGAUAGUGAAGACUCCGACACCCUAGUUUCACCACUCAAUAUCGUCACAGCUGCUAUCGCGAGCAACACUUCUGCGAGAUGUGACAGGCUUCGCUCGCAGAUACCGCUGCAGCCCGGGGCGCGCGAGGCCAUCAUGGCGCCGAUCAAAGAGAGAUUAGCUGCGUAUUUCUGCCCACACAGAACUCAGCAGAAGGACUGGGAAGUUCUAGCCACUCAAGCAGUUGACUCGCCGUUCAAGUUGGAGAGAGGUACUUGCGAUCCUCUUGCGUCUCGACUGAUAGAUGAUCACGAUGCUUCGCUAUACUUUCAACUAUUUUUCCAACUCCGCAACCCCUUGAUAGGCCUUCUAGACGCCACACUCCACACUCGCGAAUACAUCUACGCAAACUCAUUCACCUUGUUCUCCGUCAUAUGUUCUCUAGGAUGUGCUCUUUCAACACGCCCCCGAGAUCGCGCCAUCUAUCCAGUUCUAACAUCGCUAGCUAACGGCAACGUCCGAUGGUCUAUUGCUGCCGCUGUAAAGUCACUUGCAACCAUCCAAGCUAUUGUCAACCUGCAAUACUGGGCACCUAUGUCUCCAAGACAAACAGAUGAUACGUAUUGGUUAACCCUUAGCCACGCUUUCCAGCUAGCCAGAGAAAUGGGUAUCAAUAAGCCAGAUGUGAUCAAGGAAUAUGUCAACGCGGAAUGUGAGAAUGCAUCUUCAGAGUUCCGAGAACGAAGUAUACGCAACUAUGAAAGAACUUGGUUACGCACCCUCAUCGCCGAUAAGGGCUUCGGCAUCAUGAACGGACGUUUGCACUCUGUCAGUUGGAAAGAAAUCCCCCGUUCUGCUGCAGAUUGGUGGAAAGCGCCGUUGGCAGAAUCGUCAGAUCGUGUAAUUAGUGGCGUUAUCGAGAGCAGAGGGCUGCUACUAUAUGCACUGGAGAAACGAAAACAUGUUGCAUCCACAUCAGCAUCCAUCCUAGAAUGGCACAAAGAGGCGUAUGAUACCCUUACCCAAGUACGUAACGAACGGUGUACAUCAGAUGAUCUCCCAUCUGCAAGGUGUCUCCCCAUUCUAGCUUUCUACAUGGACCACAGCAUUCUCGUCUUGAACGCACAAGCUCUCAGAGACAUCGCUGCCAUUAGUGAUAGUAUGGUACCAGCCGCGCUUCUCGCCGUUGAAAGAAAGUCUGUCGAGGUAGCUAGUCGUGUUCUGGAGCUUUUGGCUACGGAUAAAACAUUGGCAGACCUUUCACUUGGCUUUCAAAACAAUCAGUUCAUCAUGAUUUGUCACGCCAUCACAGAAAUCCUACGAGCCAUAAAAAGAGACAGCCUAACAGCAGAAGAGAACUCCGCCGCCACAGAAAAGGUCAUGGGCGUUAUCCCUUUCCUUGAAGGCUUAGUACAAUGCCUCCCAGCAUCAUCAGCAGCACAUCUCUACUUUGAUCUCGCCCGCUUUUUCGCUUGUCAGAUUGAUUCCUUGAUGUCUGCUCCGGAUCCGCAAGCUAUGCGUGAAACUGUUGAUACUGGAAUGUUUACAGAUGAUUGGUUCAAAUCUAUGGAUUCGAGUAUACCAGAUGUUACUACGUUUCUGGAUAUGGGGUAUUUGGGUAUGGAUCAAUCUAUGAUGGGUACAGACGACUUUCUGGGCUUGAAUGAUUUUAACGAUAUUUCUUGA